AUGAUAUCCAUAUUUUGGCUUCGGAUCCUGUACUACUCUUUUAGCACAGCGGGACUCGCUGUCCUGCUGUCUCUGAUCCAGACUUAUCCCAAUUGGUACUCGUUUGCAGUCGCCAUAGGUACUAACUCUUACAUGUUCCUUGUGUUGGCCAACUUUGUUAUAGCAUGGCAUUUCAUUCUAACGGAAAUCAGCAUCAAGAUUUUCUUUGGAAGGCUGCGGACCUUGGAGGCUAAUCAUGUUUUUGAGCGGUCUUGGGCUUCGUUGGUUGGACUCAUUAUGAUCCUCUUAUCUUUUCAAGCAGAUAACUCGUUGAUAAUGCUAUUAUUAGUGGUCAACUCAUUUAACCUCAAAUGCUUCGGAUGGAUGCUAGUGGAUCGUAUAGAGUACAAGAUUCAAAGAUCAGAUACUGUGAAGCAACUAUUGGCCUCUAAGGAAUUUGUAGCCUUGAAUGGAUGUUUGGGUCUAGCUGGCCUGAUGACAUCCGUAUGUGACCGAAGCUCUUUAGAUAGUGAUAAUGGAGAAGUAUACCUUCUAUUCGCUAUGGAGUAUACGUCGACAUUUUUGAAUCUUUUAAAGAGCUAUGCAUCACUAGUACUGAACUCUGUGGAAAUGACCAGAAUUCGUCUAGGGAUUGACCAGGAAGAAUGGGAAAGCAAGACUUUCUACAUGAAAGUCACUAAGUUAAUUCUCUCGGUUCUCAAGUUUGUUCUGCUAUUGGCAGUAGUCUGGGGAAUAAUGUCGUUCUACCACGUUCCUAUCUCUUUGGUAAGAGAUCUUUACGUCUCAGCCGUUUCUCUUUUGCAUCAGGUGCGAGAAUUACGUGCCCAUUUACGUACGUUUAGUGAACUGAAUGUGAAACUAAGCGAUGCCACUGUGCAGGAUCUUGCUGAGCAUGAUGUGUGCAUAGUGUGUCAUGAAGAGAUGGAUGAAAGCAAAAUUGGCACAGGGGAUAGGAACACGCCCAAAAAGUUGAACUGUAGCCACAUCAUCCACUUGAGUUGCUUGAAGAAAUGGAUAGACAUAUCACAAACCUGUCCCAUGUGUAGGGCUCCAGUAUUCUCAGACAACUCUCGAAGUCAAAAUGUGAACACCGAUGUAGCGGGACCUCUUCCCGAUAACAAUCCGCCUCCGGCCAUUGCUGUUGCUCAAGGAACCCGAGACGAUCCAACCCCAACGAUACCCUCAAAUUCAAAUAAUAUGGCAGAUAUCUACCGCUCAAGUCCUAUUUUGAACCAGAUACCCAGAGACGCUUUUCGAACAGAAAGACGAGAAAUCCCAGGUCGUUCGAUUUUGGAAAACGACGACAACAGCUGGUUCCAAUUCCCACUGCAGUCCAAUUCCGAUAAUUCCUUCAAGGUGAUACUGAAUAGUCAGGAUUAUCUGCGGUUCGGAACGGAUCUUGGUACUACGCAAGCUCGGCCCUCUCCACACAUUGUAUCAUCCGAGGAUCAAGGGAUAUCCUCAUCAAGCGAAAGAAAUACAGACGUAAACACAGAAACCUAUCAGAUUAUUCAGAAUCAAGCUCAAACAAUUGCCAAUCUUCAGCAGAGAAUACAUCUGCUAGAGCAGCGGCUCAACUCUCAGUAA